AGCAAGGCUGCCGACGGAUCCUCUCACAAGUGUCGAUCUGAAGGACAAGUUGAGACAGAAGUGAAGGUGUGGCAGCCGUCUUGAGGAGGAGGGCUAUCUGUACUAUUCAAGUGUCCCGGAGGAGGGACGUCUGAGGAGGUGCGGCUGAUCGAGCUAUGAACAAAUCUGGAGACAGCAGCAGCAGGAGCGUCGCAGGUUGGAUUUCGCUUUCUUUUGGACCUGAAAUCGGCACUGUUGGAUUCCAAACCUUCAGUUAAUGCACGUUACUCAAGAGAUCUGGAGAAACCUAACGAUCUGCCAUGGAGAGAGCUUAACUGCCGGGCGAGGAGCAGCCUGCGCUUCACUAAAUCUCUGAUCUAUUCUUAACCUUCAUUUCUGGCCUUUGCUUUUUCACUUUUUUGUUGCACUUCCUUUUCCUAGUCUUCUUCAUCACUUCUCAUACAGCUACCAUGCGUAGAUUCAGCUCAGAGGGAUCCCUCCUGGAUCUUGACUUCCUCCCGUGGAAGAGGGUGGCACUGAAGAAACCAGAUUAUGAGGACAACCCGGAGUGUGGCACCUACUCACCUCAGAUGGAGGAAGAUGAGGUGCAUAGAAGGUCAGUGGACCUGAUUCCCACCACCCAGGAGCCCGGGGCGAGUGCUGGCGAGGGGGCCAAGAAGGCGCAAACCAAGGAGCACAGCGUCAGCGUAGAGAACCUGAGCAAGCUGGGGAAACUGGACAAGAGCCACCUAGGAGUGUGUGUCAUCAGUGAAGGCUGCAGGGCCUACAGUGACAGCCAGCUGGUCCCGGCCACCCAGGGCAGUGCUGAGAGUAUGGAGAGAGAUAACAUGUCUCCCCCAUCUCUUUCUUCCUCCUCAAACCCCUUCUCCUUCAAAUUCCAGCACAGUCAACACCAUAAACCCAAACUGUCAACUGCUAAACUGCACCUCAAGAGUCUGUUUGGGCAGAGUCCUCAUUCCUCGAACCCCAACCUGUUCAAUGCAGAACAGAAAGAUAGUGCUACAGAGAUGAGGUCUCGCCUGCUCUUCAUGCGUCAGUGGAGUCAGGUGGGCCCAAGUAAGAAGAGGAAGAUCAGUCAAGAAGAGCUGGAAAAAUGGGGCGAGUCCCUGACUGCCCUGCUGGCCAGCCAAACUGGUGUUUCAGUGUUUGGAGCAUUCCUGCGCUCUGAGUUCAGUGAGGAGAAUCUGCAGUUCUAUCUGGCCUGUGAGCAGUACAGACACUCAUCCAACAACUUCAGACUGCAGAGGAGGGCCAAGGACAUCUACGCCACCUACAUCCAACCAGGUGCCCCCCGAGAGGUGAACCUGGAUAGUAAGACCAGAGAUCUCACCAUCCAGCUGCUGCAGGCGCCGUCUCACACCUCUCUGUCCCACGCACAGAAAUGCAUCUACUCGCUCCUGGACACAGACUGUUAUCCCCGCUUCCUCCAGUCCAACAUCUACCUCUCCUUGGUCCGAGAGGCUGACUAGAAACCACAUUGAUGACACAACGGGAGUCAGGAGGAGGAACAGUGGCUCGGUUGUUUCCUGUUACGGAUUUCCUUAACACUGUAAAUUAUAAAACUAAACAAGUCUUCAAAAGACAGAGCUUCUGUGUAGGAUGUUUGUGUAACAAAAUAUAUCUGGAGCAAAUGUUGAUGCCCUUCGGACACUGUGUAGAAAAGUAUAUCAGUUAAAUUAGUUGAUCAACAUUUCGGGAAAUAAAUUCAGUGAUAUGUUCAAAUUAAUGCCAAAAUCUCACGUCUGUGUUCAGUACCCUACUGACCUGGAGUCAGGAUACGGUUAGCCUAGCUUAGCUUAAAGACUGGAAGUAGAGGGAAACAGUUAGAUCUGCCAAAAGUUCAAAAAUACACCUACCAAUACCUCUAAACAUGUAUAAUUUAUGUAUUAAAUAUUCUCUUUUUUUAUCUGAGUCUUGUCAUCACAGUGAGGUUGUCAGGGUUGGUACCAUUGGGUCUGUGCAGAGACCAAAAUCUGUGCUAACUGACCAUAUUUGCGAAUCCACACUUUUUAUUAAUAGGAGCUGUAGUUGGAAGUAAACAAGCCACCAUUACUGCAGUGGCAUCUCAUGUAAAUCAGCAUAGUAACACAAAAAUAUGUAGGGGGGGCAGUAAUGUUAGUGUUUGUUGAUGAGCAAGAAGACAAACAGGAUAACAUAAGUGUUUUGAGAGUUUUAAAGAAAAAGAAAUAAAGUCCUGUUUUUGUA